AUGUCCAAGCCGAAGGCUGUGAUUAAACACGCUGAAAUGGACGAAAAAAUGCAAGAAGAGGCCAUUCGUCUAGCGGAAGCUGCCCUAUCAAAAAAGCAAACAGAUAAAGAAACAGCAGGCUACAUCAAACACGAAUUUGACGAGAAGUACAAACCGAACUGGAACUGUGUGGUGGGACGAGAUUUCGGUAGUUUCAUUUCGCAUCAAGUAGGACAUAUAAUUUACUUCGCGCUGGCUGAUCGUGAAUUCCUCCUGUUCAAGUCCGCCUAA